AUGUCUGCUCUCUACUUCAAAAAACUACGUCAGCAGCAGAAUCCAGACGCUGUGUCCAGCAGCGACGAUUCAGAUUCCGAUGAGGAAAUUCCGAAGAAGAACAAGCAGCAAAAGGAACCGCAACCUCAAGAAGAGGAUUUCGCAGACGCUAAUGAUAUCUUUGUCGUGGACAGAGCCGGCGGAGAUGAUUCUGCAAAAGAAGGCAAUUUCCUGUCUGUUGACCUUCUCGGGACCUCGUAUUUGGAGCCUUAUGAGAUGGAUAAGGACCUGAAGGAGCUUCUGGAAAAGGCAGUGGUCGGACCAAAGUUUGAGGAUAACCACCAGCCACAGACUCGACUUCUAGGCCGAAAUGCGCUGGCUAGAUAUAAGAAGGCAGAACGCGAGAAGACUAAGGGAUCCGACUGGUUCAAUCUUCCAGCUACAGAGCUCACCGAAGAGCACAAAAGAGAUUUGGAGUAUCUUCAAAUGAGGUCAACAUUGGAUCCAUUGGCUCAUUACAAGCGUAAUGAUCGAGCGGUGCUUCCCAAGUACUUCCAGGUCGGUAGAGUUGUGGACGCUCCUGAGGACUUCUACUCGAGCAGAAUGCUGAAGAAGGAGAGAAAGAAGACCAUGGUUGACGAGAUUCUUCACAACGAAGAGUCUCUGUCCAAAGCCAAGAAGAAAUUCGCGGAGAUUCGAGCCAAGGAGCAGACGAAGCGUCGUGGAGCAUUCCAGAGAUUCGGUGGCGCCAGAAAGAGUCACAAGCAUCAGAGAGAGGCGAAAAUGAAGAAUAAAAGGAAAUAA